AUGGAGGUGACGUUUGAAAAUGAAGUUCCUCCAAUUUGUGUUGCUGCUCAUCCGAAGUUGCCCAAUCAUCUAGCACUUGGUUUUAUUGACGGCAACAUUGGUAUUUACACUCUGAACUUGUUGAAAGGCCAGUUGAAUGUCGUUGGUGGAAGUAAACUGAAACAAGCUGUUCGUAACAUCGCUUUUAGCAGUGAUGGUUUAUUUAUGUUCUCUGUGGGCGAAAAUAGGUCUUUAUGUGCGUAUGACGUUGUAAACAUGAAAAGAAUUCGAUGUAUUGGACAGUCGCACAAAGCAAAACCUGUUUCAUUGUCGUAUCUUCCUUCGACUUCUAGCAAAGGACAGCAGAUCAGCACAGGGUCUGAAAGUGGCGAGAUACGGACUUGGGACUUGCGGUCUGAAAAUCCAUUAGUAAGCACUUAUCAUGACCAGGAAGAAAACAUCAAUGGAUUUGGACUUUAUAAAUCUCUUCUUCUUGCUGCUAGUACUGACGGAACGCUUGGUGCUUAUGAGCUUAGAAAGCGAAAGUUGUUAGUUAGGUCGGAACCGUUACACAAUGAACUCUUCUGUGUAGAAGUUGGUGAUAAAUAUACCUACGUUGGAAGCGGAGAUGGUUAUUUGGAAGUGUUUAACAACGGGGAAUACGGCAAUAUCUUAGAACGGAUAACAUGCAAAAAAGGCAAAGGAGUUGACUGUAUGAAGAUCUUAAAAACUAAUUUGAUUCUUACUGCUUCCUGUGAAGAGGACCAGUUGAGGCUUUUCAAUCUAAAUCCGUAUAAAAAAGUGGGUUUGUUGGGGGAACAUGCAGAGGGUGUAAAUGAUUUUGAAGUCGCCACUGACAAAAGUUGGGCUUGUUCAGUUGGCUUUAUACGUCCAACAGUAAAAUUCUGGGACUUGAACUCAGUAUUGUCGGUUGGUUUUUCUCUAUAA